AUGCCUUGGCCGUUUCAGUUCUCGUCGGGUUCGUCCCAGUCCUCGUCGGGUUCGUCCCAGUCCUCGUCGGGUUCGUCCCAGUCCUCGUCGGGUUCGUCCCAGUCCUCGUCGGGUUCGUCCCAGUCCUCGUCGGGUUCGUCCCAGUCCUCGUCGGGUUCGUCCCAGUCCUCGUCGGGUUCGUCCCAGUCCUCGUCGGGUUCGUCCCAGCCCUCGUUGGCUUCGUCCCAGUCCUCGACCAGCUCGAGGCGCACUACCUCGUCCUAUUACAGCUUCAACGGCGAACGCUGUGACGGUAACGACCCAAACUCCAAAAUGUACAUCAAGGCCAGCGAUGCCAGAGCGCAGCAGGCCAACAUGCCCGCAAAACUAGCCCGGAGGGGUUACCCUUCGGCCUAUGGCAACUCCGAGGGACUCCCGCUCUCCACCCCGGGCUCUACCGUGCGACCCGGCCGCGGCAACGAGUGGGUGCACGCCCCCGUCAUACCCGACGUGAGGCAAGCCUACAGGCAAGGCCCCCCGGGCGGCGUCCGCAGCGCCUGGACAGCCGGCGACCCGAAAAAUUUCGAUGUCAUGUACCAUGACAAGAGCACCGGGACCUCCGCCAGCGGUGCUGGUAGGUUCCGUCUUGCAAAUUACCACCCGGCCGCGUCCACCAACUCUUCCAACGACCAAGCCGCGUCUGCCAACUACUCCAACAACCCAGCCGCGCCCACCAACUCCUCCAACGGCCGAGCCGCAUCUACCAACUAUAACGGCCGAGCCGCGUCCACUAACUACUCCAACAACCCGGCCUAUGACCGGUCUUCUUCCUCUAGGUCUCACAGCCAGGGCUACAGCGGUCAAUCUCAGUCCCAGUAG